AUGUUUGCCUCUUCAAAUUAUACAACCGAAUCAAAGUCAGGCGAGUCAUCCGAUAAUAACGAAGAAGAAGUAGCAGGAGCAGAAGCAGCAGGAGCAGAUGCAGAAGAAGAAGCAGAAGAGGAGCAGAUGGAGGAACAUGAACAGGUAAUAAUAAAAGAGGAGCCGAGCACUUCGGACAUAUACGACGUGCCCGUGGCACAAGUGCAGGCACCACCCUCGCCACCCUCGCCGCCCUCACCGCCUUCGCCACCCGUGCAGCCCGCGCAACCGAGGAGACUAGGCCGACCCAGAUCGUACAUGAGGAGCAAACUGACACAGUCCAUGAAACGAAAGCUACCGAGGGACCACGACUCCCUCGACGGCAAGCUCCUAGAGACUCUGAAGUUGUUGAAGAAGUCAGAACUGUCGCGGAAGAAAGACGAGUGCGACAGCUUCGGAGAGUACAUAGCGAUGUCGCUGAGGAAGCACGACGAGCGCACACAGAGCAUGAUCAAGCAAGCCAUCAACAACAUACUGUUCGAGCAGGAGAUGAGGUUGUACAGCGCGGGACAGUACACCGUGGUGCUCACCGGCACUGAGGAGAACCCACUCGUCUUUGAGGCCAAAUGAACACUUGUGGUAUCUGUACUGUGUCUGUGUGUAGCAGCCGAUGUGGCACAAAGUCUGAUCGAAUAGCUAAUUCUUGGUUACCUGUGCCGUGACACUAAGUAUAUGCGUAUUGUGUAUUAUAGACUGAUUACAAAACUUAUAUAUUUGUAAGAAAGGUUUCUUUGUAAUGUAAGUAUAAAAUGGAUGUAGAUUGAAAUUGUUACUCUCAGCAAGUUAAUUUUAUUAGCUUCUCUAUUACACAACAAACAUUGGAAUUUAUUCUGUUUUUUAUCAUUCCUCGUAAACUUGAUGCGACUUUCUAGUUCAUGUUUUGAAGUAUUCAUUUGGUACUUGCUUUCUUUGAGAAUACGAAGGAAGUCGUGUAACAUAGAGAGUUUUGUAAACAGUGCAUAAUGCGUAGUCGUAUCUACUGAAAUUGUUUACUUGGGAAUGGGUAAUACACGUACCAUUUGAAAAAUUUAAUUUAAAUUAGGUAUUUGCUAUACUACAAAGUUAACAGGAAAACACCACAGUUCUCCGAACUGCACCUAAUUAUUAGUGAUGAAUAAAAGAAGUCUACACUAGCACAUUAUACAUGUAUCGUCAACUACAUUGCAACAAGUACGUUGUGCUCACUUUACGUGCUUCCAUUAGUUUUUACAUCUAUCAAUCAAUUAUUUAGAGCAGCCCGAGUACGUGGCUGCUCACACGCAGACACUCUCCUACUGGUGUCACUCACCAUUGCUGCCUCACCACUCUCUCCGGCCCGCGCCUUCCUUCUGAGUCUGCAAUGCACAUCAAACUAAUCUAUUUUACUUCAAUGGGGAUUCUGUUUGUUUUAACUCCAGCAGUAGUGUUCGUGAGUAUCUUAUUGUAGCGUGUACAUCGCUGGCUGUGGACUGCAGGUGACUUGGUUACGGUGAAGUUGCCAUGCAUCGGAUGCUGAACAUGUAGUUUCAGUUUCGACAAGAGCAACAGCUUGGUAAGGUGCAUCACGCCACCUACGUCACGUAGCGUGUGUAUGUGUGUGUAUUUCGCGUGCAAUCUAGCAAUGCAUUUGCAUUUAAUUGGCUUCGGUUACAAGAAAUUGUUGCCCACAGCGAGCUGGUGCUAGUUGAAUCAUUCUUCAAUUCAAUCGCUCCAACGUUUCUCAUUAUUGUAGUUAAUGUGUGUAAUUGGAUGUUGCCAGUGUUGCCAGCGUCUACAGUUGUCCGUGAAUGACGAAUGUGUUGUGUCGGCGCGCGGCGGGUCGCGAGUCGCGACACUUCAAUAUGUAUGAGACGUUCUUGUUAUUCACUACAGACUCUAAAGUUGACUAGGUUUGGAGGCACAUACCUACCUAUGUACCACGUGUUACAUAUCAUUAUCAUACAUCACAUAAUGUAGGUAUACAUUUCGCUCAUACAUAUAAUAUCAUUGUUGUGUUCAAUGAAACAAAAAUAUCACUUCGUUUGCUUACUUAUAUAAAGUGUUAACAAUAAGGUUUGACCCCGGCCGUUCUGUUUGACCCCGGUAUAAUUCAGUUCGGUGAGUCACGCGAAUGCUUGAAACAAAGCUGAAUGUGAAUGAGUUCACGUAUUUCAUGAUUCUAGCAUAAAUUAUACGAAAGUAAAUUGUUUGCGCGGAGCUAAUAAAUAUAUUACGUAUCGUUGCCAAGUGGGUGUGGCAGUGGCUUAUCAUCCCGCGCAUGCGUACUGCUGUGGGCAAUGGACUCGCCCGCUAGUUGCCAGGCACAUGAUGUUCCACCGAGGACCUACUACUUGUAGCUAGGUAGCUAGGUACAGGUACACGAGUACGCCAAGCCUGUAGGUAUGUAAGGAUCUUGUGUCUGCAAUAUAUAUCUAAUCAUUCUAUCACAAAGGCAGUGAAAAUAUGUUAAUGCUGGUAGCCGUAGUCACCCACCUGCCGCAUUACAAACAAUAAGGCAGGUCUAAACAACAUACUUAAGCUAUGACACUAUGAGAAAAGGUUAACAAAUAAAAUGUAUUCCUUCCAAGUGUGAGUUGAACCAAAUCCACUGUUCAGCAGCACUAAGUGUAUGAUUAACUUGAACUUUCGUUACCAACAUUCACUUCCUUCACAGAGUAUGUAUGAACUGGCAGCCAUGUUGCAUCACCCGCCGUUGCUCGAACACAUACUAUCGUGAAAUUGCAUCAGUCAAUGAAUUAAUUCGCAUUUAAUUUUCCUCAAUGGAACUUUUAUAUGAGGAAAUAGAAAACUGUUGCUUUAGGAAAUACUUACGUACAAAUAAACAUUUUACUGAAUCCGGUGUAGUGCUGUAUCUACUGAGGCAAUAUCUAUCUACUGGAAAUGUGGUAUGGACUUUUAUUGAAAAGUAAUUUAUAAAGUACCGAAUAGUUUUGCAAGUAAGCUUAGUGGGGGAAGGACAGCAAUACCAUAUUAACGUGAAUCAUAAAAUAAAAUGACCCGUCAUCUGUGACGAUAACCUUCUCCGCAUCGUCUUCAGAACUCCACUCUCUUGCACUAGUAGUUUGAUAAAAAAAUGUUCAAAUGAUACUCGACGUCACUCAUCGAGUAGUGACUAGAGGUUGAGGUCAAAUUGCAAGAGUGGCAUGCGAUCACAACACUGAAACAUUGCCUAAUAAAUAGUCACUAAAUCAUAUCAUCUAUUAAUAUCUAUCAGGUCGAGAAACAUGUUCUCGCCACAUGUUCAGGCUAGCAACGGACAACCGUACAUACAGUCAUUAAGUCAAUGAAGUGGAAUUAUUAUAAUUGCGUGUAAUUUAAGAUACCUACACUGUAACAUCGGACUGACAUCAAAUAAAAAUCUUCCAUUCAUU